AUGUCGCAAGAUAGUAGUUUUGCGAGUGACGCUUUGGCUGGGCUCUCUGGGCCCUCUCUCGAUGUUCUGGAAACCCCAGUCCGGAUUUUGGAUGAAGACUCUCCACAUUAUCAAUUUUUGGAGACACAUAUGCUACCAGAAAUGGGGAAAUUGCUGAAGGAAUUGCGAGGGCGACGAUUCAAGGAUGUCCAACUCAAACUAAGCGAGGGAAUUCGGAGCUUGAAGGAGUUUCAGUACGUACAGUGGCCGGAAGAAACCACUAGCAGCAAACGAUCCCAGUUGCGAUCCAGACAAAGCGCUCUAGAGGCCCAUUUGGAAGGCUUGCCUCUUGAUAGUCCGCAGUCCAGUAGCGCCAAUGAUCAUGCGUUUCACGCGAGCAGGGAUAGUUUAGAUUCAUUCAUGGAUUUGCACUCAGUAGAUGGGGAUUUUGAAGGAGGAAGUACCGAUGGUAUUUUGGAGGACGACUUUGGAGACAAUGACAUGGAGAAGGAUGAUGCCACAUCCUUCACCUCACUUUCAAAUGAAACACCGCCAACUGCAACGUCCUCACUGAGUGAUGGAGACGAUCCGGAAACUAGAGAUCAAAUGCACGAAUCAAUCAGAACCUCACUUCAAGCAUUUAUCCUAGUACUGACACAUCCACAAAAGACAAACAGGUCAUGUGAUAUUGCUCUCGAAUGUAUAUCCCAACUGGUAUUUCGAAGAUAUGUAUCUGGUCGUGCCGGGGGGAGAGAUGAUGACAGUGGUAGUGGGUCGAUACACCGAGAAACACCGCCAGCACAUCGACCGCCAAAUAGUCUGAUGCACGAUGUAAUUGUCGCCGUCCAAAAAUGUGGAGAAUCUAGCUCGGAGACCAUUCAACAACGCGUAAUCGACUGCUUCGAGGCCAUUAUGAACUCUUCCACCUGUUCCGUCCACGAACUUACCAUGCUGUUAUUCAUUCGGAGGCUGUAUCACAUUUAUUUGAGCACCAAAUCAGAGUCCUGUCAAAAAAAUGCAAAAAGGGCACUAAUGGAUAUUGUAUCGAAAACAAUACAGCGAAUGGAAGAUAGUCCUAAUGCGAAACAUUCGCUAUAUUACACCGAUUCAUACAUUUUGAUGAAACGGGUGGUUCAUCUUUCCGCUAAAGCCUUGCCAGGAGUGGACGAUGAGAAGGUUAUCUCCAAAAACGUUUUGAACAAACAAAUUUUCAACAAUGACGCUGUCGAUCCAAAGGCUCUCAACAACAAAGAACUGAGUCUGGAACUCAUUCUGCUUAUGAUCGAAAUGGCGGGGGAAAAUAUCAAGACCGCACAGAAAUUUGUCGACCUCAUACAGUCCCAAUUGUGUGUGACGUUGUUAAAGAAUUGUAUAUCCAAUAGUACCCAGGUUGCCUACACCAGUCAACGGAUAUUUUUGGUUUUGGUUUACAAAUUCAAGAAACAUCUCAAGGAAGAAAUCCAGGUCUUUAUGAAGAAUAUUUUCCUGCGUGUGCUUGAAUCCGAAAACUCUUCCUUUUCGCAAAAAGCCAUUGUAUUGGAGAGCCUUCGAAGCAUGUGCCACGAUCCCUUUCUGUUGACGCAGAUUUUCCUGAAUUAUGAUUGUGAUGUAGACGGAAUGAGAAUCUACAACGAUAUCGUUACGAAUUUGGGAACUGUGGCUAUAUUGUCAACGAAAGAACCUAGUGCUGGGGAAGACAAGGAACUUGAAGAAGAGCUGACGCUUGGGUUCGCCGCUGUGGAAGUGCUGGUAAUUAUACUGAACACCUUUCUAAAGACAAUGGGUUUGGAAAAAAGACGACACAGAGAAAUGAAUGAUAUGGCAGGAAAACAAAUCCGAAAACUUUUGCAACUGAAGGAAGUGGGCCGCCUGCUGCAAGAAAUGGAGGAAGAAGAAGAUGACGAACAAGAGCCGGAAGAAAAAACGCUAGAAGAGCACAUGGAAGAUCCAGAUAUCCGAGCAUCUAUAAUGGAUCAGACAGAUACGUUGCGUCAAAUGGUCAAUGUAUUUGAUAGGAAACGCAAUGCAGAACAAAGUUUUGAGCUGGGUGCCGUCAAAUUCACCCUCUCGAUCAGUGGUGGCCUUGGGUUCUUUAUUGAUCAUGAUUUUGUCAAACUUGAUGCCAAGGAGGUUGCUAACUUUUUGUUUGAGAAUAGAGAAAAGCUCGACAAGACACAGAUAGGAGAACUUCUUGGAAAGGAGCCGGACAAUGCAUACGACAAGACUCCAGGCGUUGAAGCUGAAAGAGGAGGCAAAGGAUUUUACUUGAAAGUUCUGUACCACUAUGUGGAUGCAACUGAUUUUUCAGAUAUGCUAUUUGACGAAGCCAUUCGAUUGUUCUUACUAGGCUUUCGGUUACCAGGUGAAGCUCAAAAGAUUGAUCGAAUCAUGGAAAAGUUUGCUGAAAGUUAUGCGCGACAAAACCCAGAUGUCUUCUCAAACUCCGACACCGCCUUCAUCCUCGCCUUUUCCAUCAUUAUGCUCAACACAGAUCUGCACAACCCAUCCAUUAAGCCUAGUCGACGAAUGACGCUGGAGUCCUUCCAAAAGAAUAAUCGGGGUAUUGGCGAGAACGGAACCAACUUGCCAGACGAAUUCCUAGCGGGGAUCUACCAACGCAUCAAGAAAGCCCCGUUUUCGUUAAAGGAAGACGAUGCUUUGAGGGAGAAAGUUGUGGCUGAGACUUCAAAUGGAGGUUUCUUCGGAAAAUCUGCCGAAACGCACAAGAAAGAACGAUUCGACAAGGAAAAGGAAGAGAUGAUGUCUUCAACUGUAGAGCUUAUCCUACAAAAGAGAGAAAAGGCCGGAACGAAUGACAAAGUCUUAGAAUCAGUGAAACCUGCAUAUGUUGUGAAACCAAUGUUUGACGCAACGAGAUCAUCACUGCUGAAAACUUUUACCACGAUCAUGGAGGGUUCUGUUGUUCGUUCAAACAUUCUAGUUUGUCUCAAUGGAUGGCAAUACGCGAUAAAAUUGGCGUGCAAUAAGGAUAUGCCAGAAGCUCAGAAAGCCUUUGUUGACAAGCUGGGAGAACUCACCCUAUUUGAAUCUCUGGAAGAUCUGAAUUUCAAGCAUGUGGAUGCUCUCCGCACGCUGAUGGGUCUAGCAGUCAGUGAUGGUGAAUACCUUGGGGAAGGUUGGGGAGCUGUCCUGAGGUGCAUAUCACGCCUUGCUACAAUGCGUAUGAAGGCAGAAGAGAUCUUGAAAGGAUCUAACAGUCAAGCUUUUGUGAAAAAACGGAAGUCAUUUGCACGACGAUUCUACAAGACCCGAGCCAAAAAAGAAGCCGAGUCGGAAGAAAGUAAAGAAAAGGAAUCCCUGAUGAAGCUUAGUAUUCUGGAGUCUGUUGGCGACCAACUGAUUGACAAUGUUUUCUCAUCAACGGUAGACUUGUCAGCUCAAGCAUUGGAAUCUUUCACAUCGCAACUGAUUGCUGUCUCUAUGGAAGAAUUAGCUGCCGGUGAAGGAGGUCUACAAUUCGUGACAGACAUGGAGAAAAUCGGCAAGAAAACUCUGGAAACAAUUGCUAGUGAAGAUGAAUUUUCAUAUCAUUCGUCUAGUGGCGAGCUCAGCUAUGAUGCGAGCUAUGAUGACACGAAAAGCCAUGACGGAACGAGGAGCCGUGGUGAAUCUAUUGACAGCGCAGAUUUCAGUCUCGGUACUACUGACGAUGAAUUGGAUUUAACCGCAGAAGUGGAGAGAAGAGUCGACAAGAGAUUAAAGGAAUUAAAGUAG